GGGAGGCUGUCCUCUUACUGUAUUUAAAUCCCAUCCUCCCAAUUCCCGUUUUUUUUAAAUACAAAAUUCCUCACGUCCGUCAGCGUGAGUUUUCCUCGGGUGUGAUCACUUUUAGGCGCAGUUCGCCGAGUGUAUCUCACGACUACAAAACUUAACACCUGUAACAGGGGAGGAAUUCCGGGUGCGCCGUGUUUACGGUAAAGCCGCUUGUUGAUCCCGCCCUCCCUCUGAUAGAAAACUCCGUGAUGUCGCCUCGUCUUCAGCGAGCCUGACCCAACGGACGGGGAAGGAGGGGGACGGAGACAGAAAACGCGAAAAAACCGAGCAGACAGAAAGGGUCGGGGCUAGACCUACCCUGAGCAAGCCCGGCUGCGCCCGUAGCCCCGGACACCGAGUGUGUAUGGAGCAGUGUGAGAGCGCAGCGGCUCUGCUGGAGUCGGUCAGGGAACAGGAGGUGCAGUUUGAACAGCUGACCCGGGCUCUAGAGGAGGAGAGGAGGAGAGUGGGCCUCACUGCCACCAGUCCCUCUGCCCUGGGGCGCCCUCUCCCUCACACACAGAACGGGCGAUUAGGGGAUGCAGACAUAGAACGCCUCAAACUUACGGACUCCUACAUAAACGGCACACAGUACAGGAUGGUUGACCCUGCGCACGGUGCUCUAGAUGAGAGCUAUACUCCAGAAGAUGACUCCCAUGAAGCACACUCUGUGUUUUCUGAGGAAGGCACCGCACGGCGGGCAGAUAAUGGGAUGAAGAAACCAAUUUCGCGCACAGUCAUGCCCACUGAGUCGCUGUCCACUGAUGGGGGCUUUUCGGUGCCCGGUAUCGGCGUCUACAGCGCCACACUGGACCGUCCAUACAGGCAGGCCGGUGUGGGCGACUACCCCACAGCCACAGUACCAAGAAAUUAUCACUAUGGGCCUGUGGGAGGGUACGAUGACUACCGGGGAGGUCCCCCAUCGGAGGCGUACACCAGUCUGAGCAGGGGCUCGCACAUGGAUGAUCGCUACAGGCCGAUGGACGGCUACCGAACUCUGGAUUCUGGUUACCGGGCACCAAGCCGUCAGCAACUUGACCCAUAUGCUGCACAGCCCCAGGUGGGCCGGGGGAUGAGGGGCAUGGGCUCAGCAAUGGAGAUGAGGUAUGGCCACGGCCACUAUGGUCUUGAGGAUGAUCAGCGCAGCGUGGGAUACGAUGAAUAUGGCAUGGGACCUCCACCCAUGCAUCCCGGAGGCUACGGCACCAUGCCACGCCUGGGGCCAGGCCCUGGGGGAAUGGACAGACGCCGACUCAGGAGCUGUGAGGAUACAUUAGACGGUGACAUGGGAGGGGUGGACCCGUAUGCAUGGGGCGUCCCCAUGACGAUGGACAGGGGUAGCAUGGCGUCUCUGGACAGCACCUUGAGAAAGGCCCCUCCCUCUUCAUGGAGACAGCCAGAGCUACCAGAGGUGAUCGCCAUGCUGAGCUACCGUCUCGAUCCUGUCAAGACGAACGCCGCCGCCUUCCUGCAGCAUCUCACAUUUAAGAAUGACAAGGUAAAGUCAGAAGUGCGUCGGCUAAAGGGUGUCCCAGCCUUAGUGUCACUGUUGGACCACCCGAGCAAGGAAGUCCACCACUCAGCCUGUGGAGCACUAAAGAACAUUUCGUACGGACGAGAUGCCGACAACAAGAUUGCCAUUAAGAACUGCGAUGGGGUCCCUGCUCUGGUCCGGUUACUGAGGAAAACUCGUGACCAGGACCUCACCGACACCAUCACAGGCACUCUGUGGAACCUUUCCUCACAUGACUCGGUCAAGAUGGAGAUUGUGGAUCAUGCUCUUCACGCUCUGGCUGAUGAGGUUAUCGUUCCUCACUCUGGCUGGGAAAGAGGGAGCAACGGGGGAGAGGAGAGCUGCAAACCACGACAUCUGGAGUGGGAGACUGCCUUGACCAACACUGCUGGCUGCCUUAGGAAUGUGAGUUCAGAGCGUAGCGAGGCCAGGCGAAAGUUGAGGGAAUGCACAGGGCUGGUGGAUGCUCUCAUGUACGUUGUCCAGUCACAGAUCAACCGCAAAGACGUGGACAAUAAGCUGGUGGAAAAUAGCGUGUGCCUCUUAAGGAACCUUUCCUAUCAGGUUCAUCGUGAAGUCCCUGGUUGUGAACGCUAUGCAGAGGCGGCGCCUCUGAACCAGGGCCCGCCACCAACUAGCAAAGGAGGCUGCUUUGGCUCCCGAAAGGGUAAAGAUGAGUGGUUUUCCAAAGGAAAGAAGGAUGGAGAUGAUGGAAGUGGAGAUCACAUAGAUAUUCCAAAGAGGACAACACCUGCCAAAGGUUAUGAACUGUUGUUCCAGCCAGAGGUGGUUCGCAUUUACACAUCACUGUUCAGAGAGAGCAAGAACCCUUCCGUGCUCGAGGCGGCCGCCGGUGCCAUCCAGAACCUGUGUGCCGGCAGAUGGACUUAUGGUCGCUAUAUCAGGGCCACUGUCCGUCUGGAGAAGGGGCUUCCUAUGAUGGCAGAACUGCUGGCUCAUGGUAAUGACCGGGUGGUUCGAGCGAUGUCUGGAGCUUUGAGGAACCUGGCUAUCGACAACCGCAACUUUGAACUAUUAGGUUUGCAUGCCGUGCCUAACCUUGUGGCCAACCUGCCUGGAGGCCAGAGCUAUUCUGGACGCACUUUAUCGGAGGAAACGGUGGUGUCAGUGCUUAGCACGCUUACUGAGGUGCUAGGCAACAGUCUGGAGGCAGCAAAGACCCUCCGAGCAUCACAAGGCAUUGAGAGGCUGGUGCUUAUCAAAAAGGAUGGUAAUCGCUCUGACCGUGAGGUGCGAGGGGCCGGACAGGUGCUGCAGGUCAUCUGGGCUCACAAAGAGCUGCGCAAAGUUCUGGAAAAAGAUGGCUGGAAGAAGACUGAUUUCAUGGUCAACCUGAAUCCAGGCAGCACCACCAAUGGCCCGAGCACCAGAGCCAAUGGCACCUACGAGGAAAGCACCACACCACUACUGGACAGAGGGGAAAAGAGGGACAUGAUUCCUAUGAAUGACCUUGGCCCUGAGGCCUACUCUACACUGGACCAGAGGGAGAGGAGACACACUCUGGAUGAGACCACAGACACUUUACCGCGAGGGGUGUAUGGGGGCAGAAAGGGCUCCCUGCCUCUGUUGGACUCCUACGAUGAAAAAUUGAUCGUGUGCAUCACCCAGUUGGGGCCGUCCCUGCCCUACCACUGCUACUGAGGAGAGAAGACCCAGACCGCCGGCUCCUCUUCCCUCCUUAAGUUCCUCUCCUCCUCUCCGUCACCACACAGAUGGGAUGUAAAGAUGAGGGUUGGCAUCCAAAGAAAGCAGUUAUGUUGCAGGCAAAAAGGUUUCAUGCAGCACACCAUUUCAUUCAAUUGUAGCAGCAGCAGACUGUUUCAAACUGUUUCGUUUUAUAAAUUAUAAUUCUCUUCUGUAAAGGCAAUCACCUCUGUUGACAAUCAUUUAAUUUAGUUUUUUUUUUCAUCCUGCUUGUUUUUUUCUUUCUCGUGUCAAAAGUAGAUAUUUUUUUCUCAUGGCUGACUUGUUGCCAACAGCUGCAUCCUGAUACUGAAUUUGUAUUUAGACUUUGAAGUAGGGCAAAUGCUGUAUAUAUAUAAAAAGAAAAUGGGGUGACUGGAGUAGUUUUGGCUCAUUAAUUUAAAUGGUCCCUUUACCGGGAAUGUUGGGAGUUUGGACAGGCUGCCCUGUAGAUGCCGAAUGUUUAUAUAGGAGUUAUUUUUCUGUCUAGUUUUAUUUUCUCUGUUGGGAUGAGCACAGACCUGAAAGGGCAGGUGUGUGUGUAUUUGUCAAAUGCUAAACCUGUGGCUAUGUGUGUUGAAAGGACUGUGGACCUUUUUAUUAUAUAAUUUUUCAGUUCUUGUUAUCCUUUUGUUGGAGUCUCUUCUCAUGUAAAGCCCAGACAUGGGAGACACAAUAUGUUGAUGGUCUUAUUGGUCAUGUUUUUCCCUUUUUCUUGUGUUGCUCAUCCUUUGAAAGAUUUUUUUUUUCUCCCCCUUUUUUCAUGUACCUGCCGUCUCUUGCUGUGUAUUUAAUUUUUUAACAUUUUUUACUCCCCGAGCAGAAACAUUUGUUUAGAUUUUCAGGAUGAAGCUGUUACUGUUUUGUACAGUGGGUCAAACCUGAGAUGGGAAGCUUUGAGCAAACACUACAUCAAAACUACACUUGGACCAUUCCUUACUCUCCUGUUCAAGAUUUAAAGGAAGAGGUGAAUCAUUUGAAAUAAUGAUCCCUGAAAGUCGGAGUUAGUAUUCAUUACCAAACGUACAAACAGGCUUUGACGGUAUUCAAAGCUGCAUCUGUUCUGCAAUUUUCGUCCUUCAGAGGAAACGAAUAUGGGAGAGAUACUAAUUAUGAAUAUAAAUUGGGAGGUAGACAAAAAAAGCCCAGUCUGUCUAUGGCCUGUUUGUUUUGAGCAUUUCAGUGUUUUACUUUGUUCCCUUGUCUGGUUUGUAUUUUAUUUUGGGGUUUGUAUGAGGGUGAGAGCAUUAUGCAAUUUGUUCUACUUUUAAACCCAACUUUUACAGUUCUGCUUUUAAAAGGCAAAAUAGACCAACCUUCAGUUUUUUUUUUCUUUUUCCUGAUUCUGAACUUGUCACAUACAUAGUAUAUUUGUACUGUUGCCUAACCAUGUAAGAUGAUGAUGUACCAUUCAUACCUGCCUUGGCUCUGAGAACUCGCAUUUUCAGUGAAAUAUGUAUCUGGUAAUACUGUUCUUUUUGUUGUUUUUUUUUUUUAUAAAUAAAGAUCUUUUCUUGGACA